UACGUUUGACAGUAUGGCGGAAGAGGAGAGCGACUUCAAUUCAGAAAGGUUUAAAGAAGAAUUAGAUCAUUUGUUGGAUUGUGGCUUUGGCAGCGACUGUGAUUUACAAAGCAAGAACUACUGUUCAAGGUUUUGCGAGUUGGUGGAGGAAUACAGCACACGAUGGCAGGUGCCGUUGCCCCAGCUGCAGGUGCUGCGUACAGCACUGUGCUGCUUCACCCAGAGUACGGUCUCUUUACCAUCCAACUGCGAGCACGUGCAAUAUGUCCUGAGCAGCCUUGCCUUGAGCUUUUUCGAACUGUUGCUGUUUUUUGGAAAGGAUGAGUUCCUGGAGGAUCCUUUGAAAGACAUUCUUGAAUCUUUUCAGGACUGUCAUUCUAAUUUGGGGAGACAUAGCAAUGCCUACCUGCUCCAGGUGAAGCUGGUCAUGAAAGAUGGGGGGCCAUGGGAGAGUCCCAUGCUACAGGCGAUCCUGAAAGAAUUUGACCAGCCUCAGGAGGAAGUGGAGCGAUACUUGAGCUCUGAAAUGCCAGUCUUUUUGGAGUUGCGUAUAAGAUACUUGCUGGCAUGUGAACGCACUGGGGAAGCCAUGGCCCUGGCCAAGGCCUGCAUAGAACACCCAGCACUGGGGAAACACCUGUACUUUCACCAGGCCUACCUGAUAUGCCUCUGGAAAGCAUCUCUCUAUGACCGUCUGCACAAAGAAAUGGCUGAGAUUGAUGGGAGACUUGCUGUAGAAAUCAUCUGCAAUACAGAGAGCGAGGAGAGAGAUGACCUGCUAUUGGCUCUCUGCAAAGCCUUCCUUAUACAGCAGCUGCAGACUGGAGACAUGUACUACCUGUGGGAACUGGUCUUCAUAUGGAGCAAACUGCACCUCAGGGAAAAUCCUUCGAAACAAGGCUUCCUGGAACAAUGCCAGCAGCUGAUGCUAUCUGCGAAAAAUGUCAAAUCUAUUUUUCCAUUCCUGAAAGUCAUCAAAGCAGAACUGGGGAAAGAAGGCUUGCAGUUCUGUGUAGAGCAGUGUGCCUGUGCUCUUCAAAUGGACCUUCGCCAUGACCAUGUUACCAAGGCACUUCUCUACAAGACCAUUGCCUACCUGCUACCUAACGACCUGGAAGUCUGCCGGGCCUGCGCGCUCUUGGUGUUCUUUCUGGAACGUUCUGUGGAAUCAUACAAGACGGUGUACCUCCUCUACACCCAUCCUGACCAGGAAUACCAGGUCGAUUAUGGCCCUGUCAAAAACCAUGUCCGUUUUGAGAUGCUCCGGAUUCUGAAAAGGGGGCUGUUUUUCGACCCAGAGUUCUGCAACCUAAUUGCACUGAGGACAAACUGCCUGAAGCUGAUGAGCGAGAAGGUCAUGGAAGAGGCUCAGGCAGAAAUUGCAGAUUUGGAUGAGCACAGGUGGAUACUGAAUCACUGUGUGAAAGAACCGCAUAAAGUGCACCAGGAAUCUUCAGGCCGUCGUGCUACCCGGGGGAUAAGGCAGCUUGUGGGGAAGACCAAUAAGCCUCUGGUAAAACGCAUCGUUGUACCUCCAGAGGUUGCCAUAGAUUCCCAUGUGAAGAAGAGAGGCAGGAAGCCCGGGUCGCGGGUCCUCAUUGUGGCGGAUGUAUCUCUGCUGAGAUGGUCUUUCAGGCAGCUUAGCAUGUCUCAGGAAACCUCUGUUCAGUGUCUGGAUAGACAGCAACGGCAUUGUCCCAAGCAGGCAGAGAAGAAGACCCAGAAACGACGUGGCAGAAAACCACGUUGGCUUGUGCAAGAGGGCAAGGCUCAGGUGGCAAGUAAUGCCCCCAGAUACACAGUACGCCAUGGGAAGAAAACACACCUCUUCCCAAAUGACAGACAUCCUAAGGAACAUGGUGCAAUGGCGAUAUGCGAGCAAAGGGACAACAUGGAAGAAAUGUCCUCGCAGCAGUAUUCUUGCUCUGUUCUGGAAGUCUCCUUUCCAGACAAUGAACUGAUAGACUCAUCCUCCCUAGAGCAAGAGAAGGAAGUGCAAAGUCUUCAUCAGGAUGACAUUGUCGAAUCUGAUACUCCUGUCAAGGGCUGUGUUAGUGGACAGGAUGCUUCCAUGAGCAUGACCUACGCCGAACCUUGCGAGAACCCAAUGAUCAAAUCAAACAGUCUGGCUACACCGCCGGUGGUCAAGGAUACAGUUUUGGAGGAGCAUUUUAUUAAGGGAAAUGGAGAAUUUGUGCAGCAUUUGCAUAGCUAUUCUAAAAUCCACAGGGCACCAGUCAAAGGGGCCACCAGGUACUCAGCCAGUGUGCCAAAGAAAGUGAGCUGGUCCAAAAGCACUGAGCUAGGGCAGCAGAGCUCUGGAGAUGACCGUAAGUUGGUCCUUCCACAGCCUCCGUCUGGUACUGGAAUAAUCUCCACAGAUGGGGUUGAGGUUUCCAAACCAGGAGUUGAUCUGGAGAUAUCUAAGAGGGUUGUACAAGCUGAAGACGUGGUUAACCUCCCCAUUAGCUCCAGUGGUACCCCUGAAAGCACAUUACAUUUUCCAGAUGGAAAAGACAUCUCUGGCAAGACAACAAUACUUCCAACAAGUUCAAUUCAUGUCCGUAACUGCAUUGCAUCCCAGACCACCUCACCUCCUGGACCAGAACGGAAACGAGUCCUGGCCUCUGUGCUGUCGCAUGCAAAUGGCACCGAAUCAGAAAAGGCUUCAGCCAAACUCCCGGCUGUUUCCACUGUCAGAAUGGAGAAAAGCUUCCCAGUUCUUCACUGUUGUCUGUGCGACAAGGAAUUCAAAGGGGGAAAUAUGAUGCGGCAUGCCUCUGCUCACCUUCAAAGGGACAAGCUCAAGUGCAUGUUUUGUGGAAAACUGUUCAACUGCCAGAUGACUGCAAAGAACCAUGUAGCAAACCAUAUUGAGGAAAUGAAAGCACAAGCUAGCCAUAAAGAUGAGAGUGUCCAUGGAAAUAUAACUUAUGAAGCCUUGGAUCAGUUUACAGCAUCUUUAUCACCUGAUGACAGGCACAAAAGGAAACUAGCAAAUGACGCUUAUUAUGGGGCUCCUUUAAACAGUAGGACAUUGAACCACACACUGAAAGACUUGAAAAACCAAGAAGGUUCAGUGCCCCUGAAAGAUAAAGCAGCUGUUCAGGAAGUUAAUGGAUCAGUUCUGAUGGGGAAACCGCAGAGCAGGAAGGAGGACGAGUUCAGCGCUGUCGAUCGUUGCACUUUUGUAAGCAUGGGAGUGGCUCUAAUCAGCCAACAGGAGGUGGAUUCUCAGCCCAGAGACGCUGAAGUUGUUGAAAAAUUCACAGCUGGAUACAAGGAUGGUGAAAUGAUUGUAAGCAUGACGGCAGCAGACAAGGUGCUUGCAAACGGGUAUCGUGAAGACAGGGUAACAGACCAGACAAUCUCCACUCACAGAGAGUCCAGGGCUGCCAAUCUACCGGACGGAGACGGUAUGUUCUCUGAGGUCAGAUGCACAGACGACUCCACGGGAGGUGCCACUGAUCAGCAGGAGGCGAUUGUGGUUCACGCAGAGGCAAAAGCAAACGAGCAGUUGGACUAUGUUGGGCCGUCUAGUAGGCCUUUCAUACGCCUCUCCCCUUCAUCCUACCUGGAUGAGAGCUUUAUCAGCAUGCCAAAGCGCAGGAAGCCGUCACCUGAAAACCACCGCCCCCCUACCCUGCAGCGCUGCUCCAGCUGUUUCUCCUCUUUCAGCUGCAUGGAGGAGCUGCAGCGCCACCUGUCACUCAACAAGUGUGCCACUCUCUUUGGCUUUGACUCUGAUGACGAGGGGAAGUCGGACUGGGCUUGAUCAACAUAGAAACCCAUUUGCUUUACCUUCAGCACCCGAUGAUAUUAGCCGAUUUUAUUUAGCUGUUUUUUGUGGAGAAAACCAUUGGAACAAUGCAUAAACGUGUGUGUGUUCAUAUACACUUUACAGGUGCAAAUGCCUGAUUAAAUGAAAAAAAGAAGAAAGGGUAGUUGAACACAGACCAGCCCAGUUCAAUGGCUGUGGUUGAGCCUCACUAGCCCAAUGUGAGGAGCAGACGGACUCAUGUUCUUAAGACUUAAGAAUUAAAAUCUCAGCAUGAAGCUUAGUACCUAGGUGCUCAGGGGCAUGUCAUGGCACUCCUGACGUCUUGGACGAACUCUAGCGGAACCAAGUUCCCAAUUUGAAAGUCCUGGCCCGAGCCAGCACCAAUUCCUGAAAGACGCAAAGCCUGGGCCUGGCUUACUUUCUGCUUCAGAAGCUGUAGUACAGGCAUGUCAAAUUAAGUCCCAGAGAGCUGCAGCAUCUGCUGGUUUUUCCACAGCACUUUGUUAUUUAAGUUAAAAAGUUCUCUAAAGAGUCUACGUACCUUGUUUCGAAGGCCUAAAUUGGCUCUGGAUUGGGAAGAAACCACAAAAAAGCUGCAGCAAUUGUGGCCCUUAGGGCUGGUGUUUCAGAUCACUGCAGUAACGGCACAAUCUGUGGUCCAAGGACAGAGCUGGGCACAAAGUGAAUAAUGGUUUAAUUAAGGUUUAAUUAAGACCCUCAUCGAUAUUGCUUUGUCUUAAUGAAUAGAAACUCAGCCCUCUGUUCACGCUACAAUAAUGUUGACCAUCACUGUAUGCUCACUACCUAAACCUCAAGGCACCCUUUUUAACUGUAACAUCACAUCCUGCUGAGGUCCAGAAUUGGGAUAUAGAGGGUUGGUAUUUCAAUGGAAAAAUAAAUUGCACUGUUAAUUAUCCCAAUGCCCCAAGAGGCAGCUUCAUUAGCUCUCAAGUUUUGCUACUAUUCAGUAUUGAGCAUUCUUCCAGACGGGCAAAUUAUUGUGAUUAUUGUAUGCAAUAGUUUUGCAGUGCAAAUUGGUUUUUGCAGUCCUUAAAAAGAUUUGAAUAUUGUAAAGUGGAAAUGGAAAGUGGUCAAAUAUUCCACUUUCUUUGAGAAAUCAGGGAAAAUAUGAGCACUUAACAAAUCUGUACAGCUGGCAAUAUGCAUUUUUCUUGCUAAACUCACAAGGCUAAGGUCUUGAUAUUUCAGUGUGCAGAUAGUACAAACUCAUAGAAUAGUCCACUUAUUUGUAUAAUGCUUCCAAUGGAGAGUUAAUGUGCAUCAAAAUGCAAGUAUCUACCUUAAGAAUUGGCCCUAUAGCUCCUGACUAUUGCACCAAGAACAUAAUAAUAAGUUAUGAAAAAUGUCAAUUGGAUUUGAGUGGGAACCCUGUGUGUUUGCCAGGCAUAAUACACAGGGUGUAAGACCCAAGUCGAUGGACUGUUUGCCAUACCCCCUCAGGUAAAGAGAGCUAAUCCAUGACACACAUUUUAGUCAAAAGGAGUAAACAUUCUGGUCUAAUUCUGUACCCUUUUUUUGGUACAUGAAAAUUGUAACUGUUCCAUUGAGCAGUAGCAGUCUUAUUUAUAUUCCUUAUAUCUUGUGUAAAUGUUCAAAACAAGGUCAAUGGUUUAUGUGUUGUCUUUUUUUAAAUGAACCUUCAGUUAUGUUUGAAAUAAAGUUCUCAUGUGGAAUAGUCGAUUAUUAAAA